ACAAAAUCAUAGUAAAGUCUAGAAGAGUGAUCUAUUAAUAUAUAAUAAGAAUGUAGUAAGUAGUUCAUUGCUUGACAAGUGGUGAUAUAUAUGCUCGACAAGUGGAUGUUCCUAUUGAUUGACAUGUGGCUUUAAUUUCACAAUGCAGACAUCCAUUAAUAAAGGGAUUAUCAUGGUCAAGCGCGGCAAAAUCUUUUACCGAGUUUCAAAAUUUACGGAGCCCUAUAUAAGGUUGCCACAAUCAGUUUAUAAACUAUUUCUUUCAAACACACAUUUUAAAAGCUUAUACAUAACCUCAUAUGAGUUAGUUGUGUUAGAACAUUUGGUUAAUCCAAAGAUGACAGAGGUGUUUGACAAGUUGAUGGAUGUCAAUGCACGAAAACUUGAUUGGAACUUUCAAGUUUAUGCUUUCCACCUCUGGGAAGUUCCUAAUAGAUUUAAUAUAAAUGAUAUCAAUGGAAUAGAGAUGGUUCUCCAAGACAUUCAGGUAAGUUUGUUGAACUUUAUUUUUUAUUUUAAAAGUUAUUGGUUUUUUAGAAAUUAAAGAUUGAUAAUAUGGUUGAAUGAUUUAUAGGGUGGAAGGAUCUAAGCCUCAAUACCUAAAUCUUUGGUCAAGAAAUGGAGAGGCAAAAUUCUGGAGUUUAAGAUGUAUAUCAUGACCCAUUUUAUUGUGGUAGACAAAAAGGAGAAAACCAAGACAACCAACAAUAAAUGAUCCAUAAAUUUCUCACAUAGGACAACGGUUCAGCCUGUUGCUAAACCAAGUUAUCCUCUGAAAGCAUUUUGCUUUAAACCCAUUCCGGAGUUGCUGGCUGCCGAAAAGCUGGAAGAUUCAGUGCUUAUAGGUAAGACUAUAACUUAUGAGUUCUUUUCAGAUAAGAUGUGAAAUGCCACCGAGUUUUUUUCAUUUUGUUAGUUUUCAUAUUAACUUCAAAUGCCGUGUAGAUGUUAUAGGGGAAGUGGUUGGUAAAGAGGAUCCAAGACAACUGAUAACUAGCAAAGGAAGAGAAACAAAAAGAUUGGCUGUGAUACUUGAGUAAGAUAAUAAAUGACCAGUUUUGCUUUUAUUGAAUAUUUAUUUUUACACUACUAACGACCAUUUGUCUAUCUGAAUGUUGUGCAGAAACAAUAGUAUUAGCUGUGUGUUGUUUGGACAUAUGGUCGACCAAAUACUCCCAUAUCUAGAAGAAGGAAGGGUGGAGCCACUAAUAGUUAUAGCACAGUUUUUUAAACCCAGCAGGUGGAAUGGUAUGAUUUAAAUCCAUUAGAUGAUUUAUAUAGGGUGGCUAUUAGUUGCAUAAACAUAAUGGUUUUUGAUGACUCGCGACAAACUUUAAUUUGUUUCAGAAAAAAUAUCAGUGCAAAGUCAUUUUGAUAUAUCCAAGUUACGUAUUAACCCUGAACUUGAUGAGGUCAAAGAGUUUCGUAACAGGUUAGUGUGACAUGUAAUUAGGUCGGCUAUGCAAUAAAGUGAUUUCUAAUCAGAUUUAUGCAAUCAAACUUAUAACUUUGUAGGAGGCUUUCUAGCAAACCAUCUAAUUCGGCAAGGAUUAGUCAAGUUUCAUCCCAUGGUCCACGUUCCGGUGCAGACGAAAUAAGAAAUGGGGAUGCCGUAGUCAAAACAAUUGAAGAAGUUUUAAGCUCUACACAGGUAAUGAAUAUAAUAUAUACUAGAACCCUGGAUGUAUAAAAUCAGCACUGAAUAUGAAUUUUGUAUUUCGUUUAAUUUGUUUUCAGGAAGGACUUACAUGGAUUGCCGGUACUAUUGUUUUGAUCAAUGCUGGAAAGGAUGAUUGGUUUUAUAAAUCCUGCCGAAAGUGUCCAAAGAAGGUAGACACCCCAAUCGGCAACAGAUAUGAGUGUGAAAAAUGUGGCCACACUCAUGGUAGCGCAUCACUUAGGUUCAAGCUCGAGGUAAUGGUAUAUGAUGGAACAGGAAGCUUGAUGUUGCUGAUGUGGGACAGGAAAACGGUACAGCUUUGUGGGAGGCAAGCUGAGCAAAUCAAGAAUGAAGAAGCCGUUGAUGGAGAAGGUUAUCCUCCAGCAUUGGAUAGCAUGAUGGAUAGGAGGUUACUCUUCAAAUUAAAUGUCAAAGUGUCGAACAUUAAGCAGUAUGACCAUGUUUAUACAGUCAUGAAAAUAUGUGAUGAUGAGGAAAUUGUGGAGAUUAACCACCCUAAAGCAGUUCCAAACAUUGCUGCUGCUACUCUCACUGUAUGAUCUUUUAUCUAAUAUUACUCCAGUGAAUUAUUUAGUAUUCAGUUAGAAGCAUGUCUUAUAAUUUAUAAGUAGUCUUCCCGUGGUUCUCUUUGUAGGAUACUGGAUGCAGUGACUCACUUGAUAUAUCGGCAGCGGUGGUUAAUCUGCAUAAUGAUACUGAUUCUACACUUUCUGUGGUGACUAGUUAUACUAACUUUUAAUGAAGUUGGUUCCAUUAUUUUUAAAAAUUUAACUAUGUAUGAACACUAUGAGAGUUUUUGUCAACAGGAUGGCUUAGAAGAUAGUGUCACAAGCCUCAAGUCCAAAACCCCUGCUAAAAGAGCUUCCGUGGGGCUAAAGCAAUCCGUGCAUAUCAAUAUUGACAAUGAAGAUGAGUUGGGGUUCUCUACCAACAAGUUUAGCCGAAAGGGUGGAAAGAGGCAGAAGAUGCAAAUUAAUGACAGUGACAACUGAAUAUAUCUAUUUC